CUCAGGAGGACGGACCCCCACAAAAUUCCCCUCGGUUUUUGUGCAGCAUAUAUAUAUAUAUAUAUUUUUAUGUGUGUCUGUGUGAUAUUCACGUUUUCGAUGCGGUGUGCGGUUUUGUAGUUAGUUAAGUAGUCGAGAUAUGAAGUCAUGGCGAUUUCUCCUUUUGCCGCUUGCUCUGUUCUUCGUCUCCGAGUAUGGCGACGCCUCUGACUACACCGAUUUAGUGUUCAAAGGAUGCGCGGAUCAAAAAUUUCCUAAUUCCAACGGAUACUACGAGCGAGCGCGGGAGAUUUUAUUCGAUUCCUUAAUUUCCCGAUCCUUCUCGUCGAGAUUCUACAAUACCACCUCCGGCGACGGCGCGACCGCCAUCAACGGUUUGUUCCAAUGCCGAGGCGAUUUGACUGGUGGCGACUGCGGUAAGUGCGUAGAAAAAGCUCGAUCCAUGGCGCCGAAGCUGUGUGGAGAAGCAAUGGCCGCGAGAGUUCAGCUGAACGGAUGUUAUCUGAGAUACGAGAUCUCCUGGUUCAGGCCAGCGAGUGAGGCGACUGAGCUGCUGUACAAGGUGUGUGACUCGACUCGGGGGAGUAACACUGGGUUCCAGGAGAGUUUGGACGCGGCGUUGGGGGAGAUACCGAAGGGUGUCGGCGGCGGAUUCUACGAGGGCGGGUAUCAGUCGGUGUACACAUUGGGUCAGUGUGAAGGCGAUUUGGGGAGCGGUGAUUGUGUGAACUGCGUGAAAGCCGCCAUUGAGAAGGCUAAAUCUGAAUGCGCCGGUUCAGUUUCUGCACAGGUGUAUCUUCAGGAAUGUUACAUCAGCUACACGUAUCAUCCCAACGGUGCUUCCGACGACCAGAGAUCAUUAUCAUCAUCAGGAUGGGGUACAGAAAAGACAAUUGCGGUAGUGCUGGGAGGGCUUGUGGGAGUGGGACUGGUACUGGCCUGUUUGCUGUUCACAAGAUCAGUUUUCAACAAGAAGACUUAUCAUACUUCCAAAUUGGGUGGUUAAUAAUUAGAUCAGGUCAGUGCACAUUCAUUUAUUAAACUUUGAUUCAAUCAUCUUUGUAUAUGGUAUAUAUGUAUGUUUAUGUAUAUUUAUGUCCACACACAUUAUCUACACAAGUUAUUCUAUAGUUGUUGAUUUGGGCAAGCAAUCGCAUUAGUAGGCAUUUGGUUUGGUUUGGUUUGGUUUUUGGGUAACAGCCACCUUCUAGGUAGGAGCUAUCUCCUUUAGAAAUCACAUUCAAGAUUUAAUGUUAAUAACUUAAUGUGUGUUUAGUACCAAAGAUUGGAUGGUACAGUAUUAUUUAAGUUAUGACACGCAAUGAUUAAAUAAUCCCAACUUUAUCUCAUUAUUCAACA